GGUCGGCACCAUGCUCAACAUGUGGAAAGUGCGGGAGCUGGUGGACAAGGCCACCAAUGUGGUUAUGAAUUAUUCAGAAAUCGAGUCUAAGGUUCGAGAAGCAACCAAUGAUGAUCCGUGGGGACCUUCAGGGCAACUCAUGGGAGAGAUUGCCAAGGCUACGUUUAUGUACGAACAGUUUCCAGAACUGAUGAACAUGCUUUGGACUAGAAUGUUGAAAGACAAUAAAAAAAACUGGCGGAGAGUUUAUAAGUCUUUGCUGCUCCUAGCUUACCUCAUAAGGAAUGGAUCAGAGCGUGUUGUUACAAGUGCCAGAGAACACAUUUAUGAUUUGCGAUCCCUGGAAAAUUACCACUUUGUAGAUGAAAAUGGCAAAGACCAGGGUAUAAAUAUACGCCAGAAGGUAAAAGAAAUGGUUGAAUUUGCUCAAGAUGAUGAUCGUCUUCGGGAAGAGAGAAAGAAAGCAAAGAAGAACAAAGACAAAUACAUUGGGGUUUCUUCGGACAGUGUUGGAGGGUUCAGAUACAGUGAAAGAUAUGAUCCUGAGCCCAAAUCAAAAUGGGAUGAAGACUGGGAUAAAAAAACUGCUUUUCCAUUCAGUGAUAAACUAGGUGAGCUAAGCGACAAAAUCGGAAGCAGAAUUGAUGACACCAUCAGCAAGUUCCGAAGGAAAGAUAGAGAAGACUCUCCAGAAAGGUGCAGUGACAGUGAUGAGGAAAAGUCAAGAAGAGGUAAAUCUCCCAAAGCAGAGUUUAAAGAUGAAGAGGAGAUUGUAACAACCAAACAUAUCCACAUUACACAGGCUACAGAAACUACCACUACUAGACAAAAACGCACAGCAAAUCCUUCCAAAACCAUUGACUUGGGAGCAGCAGCGCAUUAUACAGGGGAUAAAGCAAGUCCCGAACAAAAUGCUGCUCACACUGCACAGCCCGCAGGAAAGGCUUCUGCACCCUCUAGCAGCCAGUCAUCUAAAGACUUGGUCGAUCUGUUGUUUGAUGGAGCCAGUCAGCCAGUUUCAACAGGUGGAUUAACUGACCCGUUUGGAGGAUUUGCUGAUUUUAGCUCACCUGCUGCUUCAGCAAGUUUCCCAUCAUCACAAGGYACAGCAACAAGUGGAAAUGGAGACUUUGGUGACUGGAGUGCCUUCAACCAAGCUUCUCCUUGUCCCAGUGCUUCGUCUGGAGAGUUCUUUGGUGGCCCUUCACAGCAGCCAGCCGUGGAGCUCCUAGGGAGCUCUCAGCCAGCCUCUGCCCAGCCUCCAACCGCUUCGAAUUCUGCUGAUCUGUUUGACUUGAUGGGCCCCUCCCAGGCAACCAUGACCUCCUCACAAAGCAUGAAUUUCUCUAUGAUGAGCUCUAAUGCUGUGGGCAUCAGUUUACCCAUGUCAAGGUCACAGCCUCUGCAAAGUGUGAACACGAUGAUGCCGAAGCCUAACCCUCUUUAUAACCCAAGCACAGAGAUGGUCCAGAAAAACGCAAGCAAAACUUUACCCUCAACUUGGUCAGAUCCUAGCGUAAAUAUCAGUUUGGACAAUUUAGUACCUGGGAUGCAGCCUUCCAAACCUCAGCAGCCAUCGCUUAAUACCAUGAUGCAGCAACAAAAUAUGCAACAACCUAUGAAUGUCAUGACUCAAAACUUUGCAGCCGUGAACCUCAAUCCUCAACCUAAUAUGAUGCCUGUUCGACCCCAGACAAGCCCGUUGAUGGGAGGGCCCCUUCCUGUGGGCAUGGGAAUGCCCGGGGUGAUGACAGGUACGAUGGGGAUGGCCUCCAUAGGACCUACACCAAUGAUGAACCAGGGAAUGUUGGGAAUAAACAUGGGAGUGCCGGCUUCCGGAAUGGGUUUGACAGGCACAAUAGGAAUCCCCAAUAUCGCUAUGACCUCUGCUAUGACUCCUGGGACUGUACAACCCAAGCAAGAUGCCUUUGCAAAUUUUGCCAAUUUUAGCAAAUAAAGAUUGUAAACAAUAAAAUAUGGGCAGACUGAAUGAAGGAUUUUUAGCUGCACAAACAUAGCUGGGAAGGGAUGGAAAAAAAAACCACCAAUCAAUACCUUUUUUUCCUUUAUCAGUUACUUUAAGUAUCUACGUAAAGAACCAAAAGCUAUUUUCUAAAAGUUUWAAAAAAAAAAGUAUUCAAAUUUUGGAGAGAUGAAAGGUUCUUCUGAGGAAUGUUAGAUGAUUUUGCAAAAUARUUUGUAUUGAGACCAUCAAAAGCCUUUCCUAGGUAGAAGAACCAAUUUUAAUGUUGAAACUUGAUGGAAGACUGGAAUGGGGGUUGGGUAAAAGUGUUGAAAUCUAAUUUUAUACUUUUCUUUUUUUCUUGAGGAGCUUGACUUUCUUUUUUUUCUGCCCUUCUCCCUGAUUGCUUUGUCAUAAUUGGAUCAUUCCUUUUACUACCACUCUGAAUCCACAAGUGAAGUCACUCUAAUGCUAUGAUCAGUUUUUUAUAAGAAUAUAUAUUUUUGUCCAAAAAUGGCUUACUUAUGUGAUUAUGGCUAAUUCAAAGGGACCUGGAAUGUAUAUAUACACUUUUGCUAAUGUUCCAGCCACACUGCUAUAUUAUCCAAACUUUUAUUGUAAAAAUUCAGCAAUUUGAAUCAACACAUUUCUGGGGCUCUACAUGCCUCUGCUGUUCUAACUCAUAUCCAGUGCAGGUCUGGGAGAAGCUUUAUCCAAGACUGCUGUAAGGUUUCCUUUCAGAAAAUGCCAGAAAAUGCAUUUUUUUCCAGUUCUUCUUACAGUGGCACUUAGUGUCCUUUUUAACACCAAUAUCCCUAGGGGUCACUAUAACCCUAUGGAGUUUACAGGGUCAGGAGCAGACAAAAGGCAAAAAUAUUUAUUUUUUGCAUCAUUACCAAGGAAAAAAAAAUAAGGUGAAUUACAUUGUGUUAAGUUAUAUCAAUCUAUAAACCUACUUAAUCCAACAGCAUUGGAUCUUAGCUUUUAUACAACAUUUGGUGAUCCUUUUGUGUAAAUAUGGCAUUAGCAGCUGUGGAAUCCAAUAGAGGAGUAAAAUAUAUAUAUAUUAUUAAAGGAAACCUGUAGCAGUCACAGAUUUUACUGAUUUAAUGAAAACAAAAGAAUGAAUUAAGGUUUUGGGUUUUGUUUUUGUUUUUCCUUCUGUAAUUCUGUGUUUAAGUUCACAUGAAUCAUGAUUCUAGAAUCUGGAAUACAAAGACUUUCUAUUCACAAGCUGGGAAUAUUACUAAGACUAUAAGCACUAUACUAUAGGUAUGAAAUUUAUUGCCUCUCUUUUCUUAUGUUGGAUUUCUUUUUUAUUAUUAAAUUGA